AUGGACCCAUCUUCUACUGGUGGCUUCACAAAUUUGUUGAACUCUUCAACCUCAAGCCCAGAAUUUCAAGGGCCACAAAGUGGCUACAACCAGCAAUAUCCAAAUUUCCCUCCACCUCAUUUCGACCAUGAUUUUCGACCACCACCAUAUAGACCCAUUCCGUCCCAUUAUCCACAUCAUUUCAAUCCUUUUGUGGUUCAACUAGGAUUUCAACAGUUUCGUGGAACAUCAAGCUACCAUGGUACUCCUUACCAUGAAGGUUUGAUGCAGUUCCAGCAAGGAAGUUUCAGAGCUGCUAUGGCCUGUGAUCCAUCAUCUCCGGUUGGAUCAGGUGGCUUGUUUGGAGGCAUUGGUGGUAGUGGUUCACGUGCUGAUGAAUCUGAGUCUCCCAUUUCUGUUCCACAGCCAUCACAUGGGGUUCCUGUAAUCAAUCAAGAGCAAAGUGAGAGCAGACUAGAGGAAGAAAAUAAAAAAUCUGGGCGUAGAUUGUGGAGUAAGCCUAUGAACCUAAGGCUAGUACGUGCAUGGCUCAACAACUCCAAUGAUCCAAUACAAGGCGUUGACAAGAAAUAUAAUCACUACUGGAAAGAUGUCGCCAAAGAAUACAACAAGCAUUCACCUAAAGAAGAGCGAAGGUCAGCGUCCGUGUUGAAAAAUCACUGGAAUAGAUAUCAUCCUAUAGUGAUGAAGUUCAAUCAUUGUUGGAAUAGAAUGAAAAAUGCACAUGCUAGUGGUGAAUCAGAUGAUCAAAUAAUGAUGAGAGCUCAUGCAGUUUUCAGCAAUGAAAAUUCAGACAAGCCAUUCCUAUUGGAAUAUUGGUGGAGAGAAGUGAAGGGGCAGCCUAAAUGGGAGAGAGUGUACCCAUCAAUAGAGAAUAAAAGGACAAAGUUAAAUGCAUCUGGAGCUUACACCUCUUCUUCAAAUCAAGAUACAGACGAAGCUAGUGCUGAAGUACAUCGUCUCCCUAUUGGCCAGAAGGCAGCAAAAGCACAAAGAAAAGGGAAAGGGAAAGUAUCAUCACAUUGUUCAGAAGGCUCCCUGUCAAAUGAUAUAGUGAACUCUUUCAAUGAUUUCCAGCUGAAGAAGUUACAAGCAAUUGAAAAAAUGGCUGAAGCAAUAAGUGAGCAUUCUAAAGCCAUUGCUAAGCAAGCUGCAGCAAAUGAAGAGAAGACAAGGGACAAGAAAUUGAACAAAUACCUAAAGCUAACAAACUCCACUGCCUUGGUCAAUUAUCGUCACGGGCCCAUUAACGAGUUUGCUACGAUGCUCGAGAUAAACACAGCUAUUCAUGACAGGUCUAUGCAUCGUCGCCUGAAGGCUGACUUGACAGAGCAUAUAUGGCAAAGAUUUGGAAGUACACAAGAUCAGGAUACAGACUAG